AUGCUGCGCCGCCGCGGAGCCUUCACGGUGCAGCCGCUCCGUGGUGAGCUCGAUGGUCCCUGGGAGUCGGCCGAGAGCUGCAUCGUGCGCACCUCCGCCAGCGUCUACCGCCGGCUGCAGGAGAGCCCGCGGCAGCCCCCGCGGGGAAUGAGCACCCGGGGACCCCCGCAGCCCCCCAGCAGCCCCCCGGCCGGCGGGAGGCUCCUCAAGUCAGAGUCCGAGGAUUCCGGCGUGGAGAUGGCCAGCAACGAGCACUCGCCCUCCACCCCGCUGGGCUCCGAGAGCCGCUUCUCCCUGGACGGUUUCCCGGCGGAGGAGCCCCCCGGAGAGGAGCCCCCCCGGGCAGCCCGGAGCCGCUCGGCCAGCAGGAGGCUGCUGCAGGCAGCGCAGCGGAGCAGGAGGCAGCGCUGCCCGCGACAGCUCAGCCGGCGCAGCGCCAGCGCCGCUGACCUGGCCGAGCCCCCGCGGGACCCCGAGGAGACCGAGGGGGCGGCGGAGGCCGCGGCGGGGGCGGCUCGGCCGCCUCGGGACCCCCGGGCCGUGCCCGAGGCCGCGGUGUCGGGGCAGGGGCUGCGCUACCUGGAGCAGGUGUGCCAGAUGCUGGAGCGCCUGGCGCGGCUGCAGCAGGACAACCGCGCCCUCCGGCAGCAGGCGGCCGGAGCCCGCUGCGCCCGCCCGGCCACCCUGCCCAGCCGGCAGCCCCCGAGGCAGGAUUUGGGCACCUGGAGGGAUGAGGGGUUCCGGCCGCGCUCCUGCUCCGACAGCCAGGCGCCAGCGGCCGACCCCGGGCCGUGCCGGCGGUUGUGGGGACACUCGGUCAGCUCCCCCAGCCUGCUGGACCCCGCCGAGGGCUGCGCGGGUGUCCCAGCACCGGACAAGGACGGGCGCUCGCACUGGGGCCGGGUGAAGGUGCUGCUCACCCGCCUGACCCGCCGCUCCCUGCGCGGUGGCCGGUGCAGGUAGGACGGGGGGUCCCGCUCCCACCGCCACACCUGGAUGGAGGAACUGCGUCACACCUCACCCUAUGACGUCACGCCAGCCCGGGGCCGGUCCCCAGCCUGGCGCACCGCCUUCACCUUUCCCCCCCCCCAAUAAAGUCUUUUCACCCAUAAAGAGGUGCUUGCUGUCGCGCCGUGACGUCACGCUCCUAAACCCGGCGUGACGUCACGCGAGGGCGCGUCACUGCCGCAUCACUUCCGACGGCUUUUCCGCCCCUUUUGUCCCACCGGGCCGGACCCACGGACGGCCCAAGCGGCUCCCCGAGCCCCCUCCCCGCCCAGCCCCGGCCGGCUCCGGAGGGGUCCCGCUGCCUGGGGUGGGGAUGAAGCUCGUCCGAGCCCCCGGAACCCCCCGGCUGCUCCGCGGGGAUUGGUGGGGAGGGAGCGCCGGGGGUCCCCGGCGGAGCGGGAUGAUGCUCCCGGGAGUAUCGUGGCUUUCUCGAGAGGAGCUCCCCAGUUUGGGGGGUAGAGGAGGAGGGUGAGGAUGAGGAAGGGGGUUCGAUGCUGUUUUGGUGCUGCUGGAACCCCUCCUGGUGUCGCCAGCUCUGCGCGGGACGGGCCGGUGCCGCAGGUGAGGAAGAUGCUGCCCCGAGCCGCGGCCAGGCGCUCUCCCAUCAGGUAUCCUGUUAUCCCUCCCUUUCCCCCCUUUCCUGCUGAUUUCCUACCGUCACUUGGGGUUUUCUCCUUCCCAGCGGUGACUCCCGCAGCGCCUCCCGGCACCGCUCCCACCCGGCCGCCCUGGGGACAUCCCUGGAGCCGCAGCGUCCCGCAUCCCACCGCUCCUUCCCGGGAACCGGCCCAGGUGAGGAGGAGGAGGAAGGAGGUCUGAGCCUCUCUGCCCCACCCCAGCACUCCUGAAUCACCUGGAACAAGGGGAAGCUCCCGAGCACCUGACAAGGAAAACCAAGGUUUGCCAAACCCAGGUCCUGGCAGGAAGAUGUGGUGAUGGUUUCCCUGGUGUCUGGAGCUGUGUGCCCUCACCUGGAGCAGCAGGAGCCUCGUGCCACCCCAAGGCAGAGAAGGGACCUUCGUCAUGUCCACCAGAACCUCUCCAGGGUGGGCUUCCAACCCCUUAUCCCAAGCAGCACCUGCUCACCCCAGGACACAGCAGGCAGCCUCUCCUUACCCUUAAAGGCCCAAAUUGCCUCUAUUGUGCUGGAAAACUCCA